UACGUUGGCAUAUGGUACAAGAAGAUAGAACCUAGAACUGUCGUUUGGGUUGCAAAUAGAGACAUUCCACUAAAUGACACUUCAGGAGUGUUAACACUCAAGCCCAAUGGGAUUCUUGUACUUGUCAACAGUUCCAAUGCAUCAAUUUGGUCAUCAAACUCAUCAAGAUCCUUAAAGAAUCCAAAGGCGUGGCUCCUGGAUUCUGCUAACCUUGUUGUAAGUGAUGGAAAUGACAAAGACCCCAGAAUUAAUUUCGCGUGGCAGAGUUUUGAUUAUCCAGGAAAUACAUUAUUACCUGGCAUGAAGAUAGGAAAAAAUUUGGUCACGGGCAUGGAUAGGUCCGUAACGUCAUGGAAGAGCACGGAUGAUCCUACUCCUGGUGAAUAUGUAGACCGUGUUGAUUCUCAUGGAUGGCCGCGAUUACUCGUGUCCAGAAAUUCAUCUAUAAUAUUUAGCUCAGGGCCAUGGAAUGGUAUUGCAUUUAGUAGUAGUCCUAACAGUAAAGCAAAAGCAUAUUACACUUUCGAGUUUAUUGUUAAUCAGCAGGAAAUUUACUACAAAUACGAGCUUAAGAAUGAGUCCAUGCCCACCAGGGUGGUGCUCAACCCGGCUGGGGUGAUAGAACACCUGACAUGGAUUGAGCACACUCAGAGCUGGUUUCUCUACUUGACAGCACAACUUGAUAAUUGUGAUCGUUUUGCUUUAUGUGGACCUUAUUCGAGUUGCAAUAUCAAUAACUCCCCUCCAUGUGACUGUCUGAAAGGUUUCACGCCUAGGUACGUAUUUUUUAAACUAUGUGCCCAUCUAACCUUAAGCUGUUGGAGAUAACACAAUUUUGAUAACUUAGUUAUGUCUUCAUACUCCCCUCACUUUUAGGCUUGAUUUUUUUUUCUUAGACCAAACACGUGGAUUUAUUUUU